GGAGCUGAAAGGAAGAAUUCAGAAAUCAAAUCCAGGUAAAUUAAACAAGAUCAAAGAAGAAGAAGAAGAUGCCUGUGACGGCGACGAUGGUAGGAGCGGUACUAGGGUUGGGUACACAGAUGUACUCUAAUGCCCUCCGUAAACUUCCUUACAUGAGGCAUCCAUGGGAGCAUGUAUUGGGUAUGGGUCUUGGAGCUGUAUUCGUAAAUCAGCUGGUCAAAUGGGAUGCUCAGCUUCAAGUUGAUCUUGACAAGAUGCUUGACAAAGCUAAGGCUGCUAAUGAGCGUCGCUACUUUGAUGAAGAUGAGGAUUAGCAGAUACUUGUGAUGAGACGUGGAGGACAUUCUGAACUGUGUUUGUCUGUCCUUAAAACUUUUGUAGAAAAGAUUGUGGCUGUAUGCUCCAAUUUAACUGUUUUGUGGUUUGAUAUUUUCAAGUACUCAAAUUUGAGAAUGGAAUAAAUAAGUAACUUGAUGUUGGAUACACAAAUUUGAAUUGGUCGAUAUCAAUAUGAAGACUGUUUUUGGGCA